AUGGUCCGCUUCCUAGACGAAGACGAGCAGCGCGAGCGGGACUACUCCCACCGCGGCCGCCGUCCCUCUCCCUCUCCAACCCGCUCCCACCACUCCGGUCAUCGAGACAGAGAUUACUCACCCGACUUCAUCUCCGGCCCCGGCCGGGUUCCCCGUCCGUACGCCAGCGGCGCCAUCCCAUCAACAGCAACAGGAGCACCAUCACCAGUGCCACCACCACCUGUUCCCUCCCCACCACUUUCUCCCCCUAUCCCUACCCGUAGUACAGUAGGAGGUGGCUAUAUCUACGACGACGAAUUCCGAGGUCGAGGCCCCCAGACCGGCGCUCCUCUCCGAGGAGGGAGAGAGCCCUCCUGGGAACGCAGCUCCGGCACCGCAGCCCAAGCAUCACGAGCGCGGAGCAUCAGUGAAAGCAGAAGCCGAUCACGCGGUCCACCAGCACCAGGACCAGCGCCGGGAACCCGCGAGCGACACAUCGUCCGCGAAACCAAGAUGUACGGUGGCCCAGAACUUGCGCGUGACACCCCUGAGCGAGCCCUCGCCGUCUCCGAUUCCCGCCGGGCGCGCUCUCCAAGUCGAGACACUUCGCGCUCUAGGUCUCGUUCCCGUGGUGCUCGCAGCAUCUACACCACAGAUGACGACUCCGAUUAUCCCCAUCGUCGACGCUCCCCUUCCCCUUCCCGCUCCCGCUCCAUAGCUACUCGCUCCAAACGUUCACCUUCCCCAUCCUCCCGCUCCCGCUCCACGCGCUCUCGCAGCCGACGUUCCCCUUCGCCCGCACCCCUCCGCAACAAAGCAAAAGCAAAAGACCUCUUCUCACCCUCCACCUCCACCGCCGCCCUAGGCGUCAGCGUGCUAGGCGCCAUCGUAGGCGGCCUAGCAGCGCGGGAAGCAACUGAGCACGCGCGCAAGUCUCAUCACAACAGCAAACACUACGACGGCAGCAGCUCGUACGACGGGCACAGAUCGCGAAGUCGAAAGGAGGAAGAAAGGGAACGGAAAGCGGCGCUGAUAUCGACCAUUGUCGGUGCGGCGGUGGGCGGGCUGGGGGCGAAUGUUAUUGAGAAGAAGAUUGAAGAAAAAAAGAGGAUGGAGAAAGAAGAAAAAAGGGCGAGGGAGAGGGGCGGGUAUAGGGAGUUGAGGGAUAGGGAUUUUAGUAGAGAGAGGGAUAGGAGUACUACUAGGGAUGGAAGUAGGGAUGGAAAUAGAAGUAGAAGUCGACAUGGUGGUGGGACUGGAAGAAGCAUAGAUACGCCGGCGUAUUCGGAUGAUGAUAAUGAUGAAGAUGAUGGAGAUCGGGGGUAUUAUGGGACGAGUAGUACAAGUACGAGGAGGGGAGGGCGUUGA